AUAUCUAGCAUGGCCGAUCGCGGUCACGGCGUUUCCGUUCAACGAUUAGAUGUUUACACGUAGGUAGAAACGAGUUGCUCGUUAAUCGUGUGCGCGCCAUGGGUGCGACCAUGGGUGUUUCACGGUUCGUUGCGAAUCGAUAACGCGUAAAGAGUAUCGAGUGAGCGCGACGCGGCGUCUCGAUCGAUCUAAGUAGUAGUAGUAGUAAUACUAGUGUAGUAGUAGUAGUAGUAGUAGGAACGUAGCCGUUCGCCGUACCAUUGCCCGACGCGGCGUCGGUGAAUCGUCGAAGGAGAUCGCCUGGCGCCGGUUAUAUCGUGCGUUCUCUCGCUUUCAGUUCGAUCGCGUUGAGCCGUGCGUACUUCACUUGGACGCUCGACGGCCGUGACGCGACGACGGAAGUUGAGAAAAACGCGGCAAACGAGCGUGGAACUGACUUGAAACUGGUCAGGCGGGAAAAACCAGGUCACUCGUCGUUGGUAUCGCGUGGUAUCGGUGACUGGAGGAGACGAAAGAAACGAAAGUCGUAAAGGUAAAUGCGGCAAAGCGUAGACGCGCUUGCGCCUCACGGAGCACGGACGACCACGCGUUGCGACAACAGAGGAGCGGAAAGGGAGAGGGAGACACGCGGCGCAGUGUGAGAAUUUUGGAGGCGACGCGACGUGGGCUGGUGAGGGAGCUGCGACGAAGUUGCCGGCAAAUAAACGAGAGAGGAAAGAGAUGCGAUAAUUGACUGCGAGUAAAAAAGAGAUGCUUCGUGUAUGCACGGCAUCGUGUAAAGUACCGGAUCCUAGGUUAAACGUAGCGCUACAGUGUACGGUAGCUUUGAUCGAUUUGUUGUUUGGUGCAUAAUAACACGUGAUCGUCGAAAACGAAGAAGAAAUUGAAGCUGGUGUGUAAGGAAAUGCGAAUUGGUGCCGGUUGUCUUUGCUCGCUCGUCGGAUCGAUGGAAAGUCGGUGAAACAAAGUGGUGAAUUCUCUCGUUAGUUUUGCAACCCAGUUCAUUCGUUUCGGAAUAAGGAAUACGAGUUGGGAGAUUGGGAAUCGGUGAAUCACUGUUGAUAAUUUCGCGUGAGAACCGUGACCAAUAUUUGGCACGCUGAAACGUGAAUGGAUCGACGUACCGCGUGUUUCGCAUCACUCUUGAGGAUUGAACGUUUAUUAAUAAAAUAGGUUAUUUUUUACCUGCGCUGAAAAACAGGGAGACGAGACAAUCGAUUUUUUUUAAUCUUCGCUUUGCUCGGAUCCGUUGUACGAUGCGGAAAAACGGUUUUUCAUUUUUGUGAAAGAUUAGAGAUCGAACAUUACCGAUCAUUAGAGAUUCGAGUGAACGAGAUCGAAUAGACGAAGGAGAUCGCGCGUUCGUUAGAUUUUCUCGAUCAGUGCUCGAUCAUUGAACACGCGUUCGGCCGACUGAUAGCUACCGCGAAAGCUGCCACAAAUAAAACAUGAUGCGAUACGAGAAUCGCGAGUGAUGACGCAUUCAAAGACAUCGCGCCUGUAAGGGAAGACUCGACCAUUGACCGAAAACGAAAACAACACUGAUAAAUUUUCAUGUCUUGUAUCUUAUUUUUCAUAUUCGCGAUCGUUUCUUUUUCUUCUUUCUUUCUUAUUCCAUCCAUGAAGUAUGAAAGCGUACUUUUGAAAUAUACUCAACUCUCGUCGAUCGAAGAUUAACUGCAUUGCUCGAUCGACGAACAAUAAUUUCGAUCCAUAAACGAGAGCAUCGAUACAGACGUACUCUCUCGAUAAUUUUGAUCCACGUGCGUUUAUCGACCGGUCGACGGUUUUUUUUUUUUUUUUCAGCGCGAGGGAAUGAAAUCAAACGCGUUUAUGGGUUAGCAAAGUGGGAAUAAUUACGAUUACGGUCACGAUCACAGUCACUACGUUCAUCAACACAGUGAUAUCAUCACAAGAUAUCAAUCGUCCAAGUAACGAAGAAUCGGGAUCGAAUCUCAAGGAAUCGAAAUUUAUCUUCUAAAGGAAGAAUCGUUGGUCGAUGACUAUUCCACGAUCGUUUCUUUGCAACAGUGCGAAUCGCCGAUAGAUUUGGAAAUAAGGGAGAUUUAUCGAGGAGGAGGAGGAGGAGAAAAGACAAAGGUGAAAAGUGGCGAGAUCGAGCGAAAAGCAAUAUCGAGGCGAAGAUCGACGUCGGUAACGAGACAGGGAAAGGAAAACUGUUGAGAGGCGGUCGCGAGACAGGGGCAGUGCCGUAUCCUGGGGGCCCAGGGUAUGCGCAAGAUCUAUUAAUAACUUGUAAUACGGUAGUAGUGGGGCGCUGUCCGCUAGCGGGUGAAAAUAGAAAAGAAUGUUUUUGGAAUCCAAUUGGACUUGGUUGGCCGAACGAUGGGGCAAUAUGGCCGACUUGGCCGAGCGGGUGGACGAUCUGAUAUGCAGUUUCGACUCGGCUGGUGACACGACCAUGGAUACCUUAUCGAUGCUCAUAUUCGGCUGGAUGUUGUUCGGAUUGAUGGUACUGUGCGUCGGCAAAUACGUAUACAAUCGGUUCGUUUUAAACGGGCUCAGUUCUGGGACAAUAGUUACCGCCAAGGACGGCCAUAUCGUCCACGGUGAUAGCGUCGGUGUCAGUGGUGGUGGUGGUGGUGGUGGAGGUGGUGGUGGUGGUGGUAGCGGUGGUGGUGGUACUGGUGGUGGUGGAGGUGGUAGUGGCGGCAAAUUGCUUUUGCUUGGCAAGCAAAAAAUCGUUUCAUCCUCGGGGACCGGGGCAGGUGGUGGCGGCGCCGGUUCCGGAUCGCUUGCAUCCGUUGGUGGCGGUGGUGCCGCCAGUCCAACUUCCGGUAUCGCCACCUCGCCUUACGUCCCUCCGACACCUCCUGUCCGCAAACGUCUCACAAGGAAGACAUCCGGCGGUUUGAUCAGCCCGGCGAGAAGUAGCAAAAGUUUGCAUCUACCGACGGCAACUGGUGCCGACCCCGAUGCUGUCCGCUGGGUUAACGAGGUUAUCGUUUGGCUCUACUCCGAUCCAGCGAUUUUGGACGAGCUGUUGGCCGUUUGGGUCGCGUCUCUCAAUCAAUUUACCGCCAACUCUGUCGACGAGCACGGAGUCGGGGUCGAAUUCGUUCGAGUUUUACCUGAAACCCAUCCACCGAAUCUCUCUAACAUUUUUUGCGAAUGCGAUUCGAAGGACGACGUGACGAUCACGUGCGAUUGCGAAGCCACUCCAGCCUUACAGUUAAAAGCAUUCCGCCGGAAAGCUGAGAAACUCGAAGUAAGUCACUAUCGAGUGAACGUGAACCGUUUCCGCGCCCGAUUGAACGUCAUCUGUAUCACGGAGAAGCUUCUCCUCGAUUUGAAAUGCGACGGCUGGCCGGACGUGAAAGUUUCAUUGGCCCAAGUAGGCACGAUAAAGAAAGAUCUGGACGAGAGCCAGUUGCAGGAGGUCGUAACGGAAAUCGUGAUAGGAGCGUUAAGGGGGACCAAUGUCCAUCUGAAUUUGUUCCAAUAUCCGAGCUGUCCGCGGUUAUGGAGGGAACCGGCGAGCACUCAGCCAAGCUUCUCGAUCCCUAUGCACUACGACAACGUGCAUACGUCGAGCAGCUCGCUCCAAAGCUCGCGGCAACGGCUUCAGACUCAGAGCCCGACCCUGUCUCAAAACCAGUACGUGGUCAGCGACAGGCGGUUGCUCGUCAAAGUGGCGAGAGCCGCGGAAUUGGGUGGGGAGCAAGGCGCCGUUGAACCGUAUUGCGUCGUUGAAUUGGACGAGCCUCCUCAAAAGAAUCAGACGUCCGUGAAGAAGGAUACUAGAAACCCGUCCUGGGACGAGGCAUUCUUAUUCGAUGUUAAUCGGAAUACGUCGGAGGUAUUGUUGGAAGUUUACGAUCGCGCGAAUAAAUCGCAACGAUUCUUAGGUCUGGGAAUCGUGGGGAUCGACGAGCUUCUCGCGAAUCCGAGUCAAAGGCAGAUAAUACCUCUUCAAAAUCGGCCCUACGAGGAAGAAGAUAUUACCGGCACCCUGACCGUUGAGUUUCUAUUCAUCGAGGGUGCGGAGGUGCCUCAAAUUGGGAACAAACCUUACAAGGUGAAGGAGACGAUAAAGCCGGUGUCACCGACUCCUCGUACCUACACCCCGACAAAUCUCAUCAGCGACAAUAAUCUAAAUUACAACAAUGGUAACAGCACACUUAUCUUGUACGACUCUACCGUUCAACCCGAAGGGGAUUACCUAACGAACGGGAACGUGGUGGACUCGCCUUACAGAACUGGUCAGAGCAACGGGAAUAAAGGAACGCUUAUAGUGCACAGCCAGCAAAGGCCAGAGCGGCAGAUAGUUAAGGUCGCCCUAACGGAAAGUGGCAACUGGCAAGAGAUCUCUCCGGAGCAUGGACCGAAAGAUACCAGCGUGACAUCGGGACCGGAAAGCACACCGAAUUCUUCCAAUUCCGAAGAGAGGGGAAGAACGAGAAGAAAACGUCGAGAUUUCUUUGGCACGAUAAAGAAACGGCUGAGUCGAUCGAAGACGAGAAGCAGAUCGGUUGGACCGGAAGGCGAUGCGAAUCACGAGGAUCCACACUCCAGAUCUAUAUCCGCGGACAGGGCUCGUGAUCCUGGCUCGGCUCGUUUAUCGAUACCAGGGAGGGAGGAACAAUCGAGGAGAUCGAGUUUGAGCGAGGCAUCCGGUAUAAGCGGGGCGUCGACCAAAACUUACAUUAACGAGGCUUCUACAUUGGUCCUCGAAACGCUCGAGAACGGUAUCAAAAAACAUUACCUAGUACCGCUGUCGCUCGCGCAAAAAAGUAAAUGGCGAAAGAAGGGCACGAAGCUUCAUAUAUUUAACGAUCACACUUUCAUAGCGAAACACAUGGCUGGUGGGACAGUGUGCGAGGUGUGCAAGAAAACGCUCGCGCGAAGAUUAGGCAAGCAGGGUUACGAGUGUAGAGACUGUCAAAUGAAGUGUCACAAGCAUUGCCACGUCAAGGUAGAAACUACGUGUCCCACGUCUACGAUUCAAAGUAUCGAAUUAACGUGCAUAAAAGUUCCACGGGCUGAGCGCAGAUCGACGAAUCGGUUGUGCUGAUCAACACUUGAACGAAUGCCUUCGAAUAAAUUAAAACGUUCAUCCUACUUGGGGACUCAUGUCGAAGAAAUUUCCUUUGUUGAAAUUAACGUUCAAAUCGCUUCGUACGUAGCCUCAUAUAUCCGCGAGAGGGAAUCACGCUACAUACAAAUUAAUAUUUACACCACAUUGUAGACAAUCUUGAGCAAAGCAAAACUGCGAGCUUGUUUAACGAUAAGCGUUAAGAUUUGCACGAAGCGGCUUUGAACGCCGUAGCACCGUUCCGUUAUUCGCUAUUCUUAUUAUCAAGCCUUUUAAUCUAUACAAAUCAAUAAUAUACGAACACGUGAACACGUGGAAACGAAGAAGCGAACGAAACGAAACGAUAUAAAAAAAAGAAUUAAACGAAACGAAAAAGAAGUGGUAAAUAAACUUUCUUCUAGAAGCAGCAUGUUCUUCGAUUCGAAAUAGUUAAUAAUCAUACGUAUGAAAGAGAUAUGAAUUAGAUGAAAUGUUCGCGACCAAUGAUAAAAUAUCUAUACGUUUACUAUUUAUUCUUAAUAAUAAUAAUUCCCUUGUUCCCUUUCGAAUUUUCACGAAACUUUUUACACUUAAAAGAACGUCCGAUUUUUUCUAUUGACUUGCAUAAUCUUAAGCCUCGAUUAUAUCGUAUCGCUCUUUUUCCUUCGUUCUCUCUCUCUCUCUCUAUCUAUCUAUCUAUCUGUCUGUCUGUCUGUCUCGUCUGGGAAACAUAGGAAGGAAUCUUUAUCUAAAGAUGAGAAAACUCGUGAACGAUAGUGCCUCUAGAUACGAAAGUUCGUUGUUAUCUUUGAAAUAUUGUAAAAUCUUUAUACCCGGGAGAAAUAAUACUCUUGACAAUAUUUUCGAUCGGUGUCCGAUAAAUUCGAUCGAUCAAUCAAACUUGAACGCUUCAACGCGCACAUUUGUGCCUAUGUAUAUCGUGCGAAAGGAAAGCAAUCGUAAUCCUCGCGUUACCAGUUAAUAAAAAAUAUUACUAUAAUCAUGAUUAUUACGAUUGACAAUUAAGAUAAUUCUGAUAAUUAUUAUCUUUUAUUGCUAUUAUUACUAUUACUAUUAUUAUUAUUAUUAUUAUUAUUAUUAUUAUUAUUAUUGUUAUCGUUACUAGAAUCAUUGUCUCGAUUUCACAUAUUAUCAGCGCUAAAUGUAGAAGAUCGCGAGCGAUUUAUUCAUAACACGAACGAACAAGAAAAUUCGCACAACUAUUGUAACGAAGAUGAUAAUGAUAAUAAUACUGUGUUACGUUGAAAGAAAUAAUAUACGUUAUGAUUCUACACGA